AUGGCCGUCAUUACAGAAAAAAAGCACAUUCUAUGGGAACGUUUCUGCUCAUUCCUUCCAAAAGGAGAAUCCACUACUAAAGACAAAGCAAAAGCUCGAAGGCAUAAUCUAGAAGCAAAAUGGCGAAGAAAAUUAGAAUUUGAAUCGGGAACUGACAGAAUCGGACCAAAACUCGAGCCUAUUCCUGAUCGAGUAAACUGUUAUACUAUCGGAGGCAAAGUUGAAGUGUUUGAGGAUUUCUCCGGCGAAUUCUCCAUUUACCUUGAGCUCCGUAAUACUGCCAGUAAAAAACAGGUGCCAGAAAGUUGUGUGAAACAAGGACCCGACGGAUGUGGCGGCUUCGGCUCCCUCUACUGCAAUGCAUGUAAGACAUUUGGUGAUAAUGCUGACGUACAAGCACAACUUCUUCUGGACGGUAAUCCAAUCAAGUGCUCGGACGGUCUCACAAAAGGACGUUACAAUAAUUUGAAGUUGGCUUUCUGCCUUCCGAAAUUGGAGGAUAUUCUACGCAGCCAAGGUCUCAGCAAAGAUGCGUUCCUGCAGUUAAUUCUGAAUGGUGAUGGUCGCUCUGCACGAUCGAUAGGCAUCUUUGCCACAGUGUACAUUUUUGAUACGGAUGUCAGCAAGCAAAUGCAAACACAGGCUCGCAUUGAGAGCGUUUACCGUAAAGGAAAGAAAAGUUUCUUCAAGGCUUGA